UUGCGUCCCAUAGGCGCCGCAUCACGUGUCGCGCCGUCGCGUAUUAUUUGAAAAAGCGGACUGUUUAUGUUGUUAUAAUUUUAUUUAUCAACAAUUAAUUUAAUAAUAAAUAAGUAUUAAUUGUGGCCUGUGAUAGUACUCUGUUCGGCAUGAAAAUGAACACGCGAGCGGGAUGGAAAUCAUGAUUUCAGUGUGUUUAUGCGAUUGCACCGUAUUUGCAGUGAUAACCUGUGAUAGUGAUCUGCAUUGUGAUAACCACCCAGUAAAAACAUUGCAGAUACGUGCAAUAUGAACUGGUCGCCAAGGUCGGAAGUGUCGUCGUGAUUCCGAUCGCAAAAUGCUAAGACUGAGCUCGAUUAAACGCAUUCAGUGAUAAGCGCGAGCGAUUUACAAACGAUUGACUGUUGAAAUGCGGAUAGGGGAGUGGACUUCCAGUGCGUGUGUAUAAAAGCGAUGCAUGGUUUGUGAGGUCGAAAAAGCGGUCAUGGAUAUGAGCGGAGAGGGCGGCGGAGCGGGCGCCAGCGCGUUGCAACAGCGGUGGUACGAAGGCCGCGUCAACGGCAGCCCGGCCGCCGGCGACGUCAGCUCGGAGGCGAAUGGAGACGGGUUCUUCCAUUCUCCCCUGGAGGGCGGACACCACAGCCGCGCCCGCUACUACCACCAACAAAUGCACGCCCCCUAUUCAUCUGCUGUCAGUUCGCACGGUCGGACGUUAAGCGGCAGCAGCGGGCAGGUGUGUCGGCCGCACUUCCACACGCCGCUGCACCCGUGGCUAGAGACCAAGGCCCUGAGCGGCGGCGCGUGGGGCGGCGGCUUCCAGCAGGACGGCACGCCGGCCGACAAGCCCCUCUCCCCCGCGCAGCAUCACCAUCCCCACCCCCUCUUCUCGUUCCCUCCGACGCCGCCGAAGGACUCCACGCCGGACUCCGUCGCGGCGGCGGCGCUAGGCCAGCAGGACUACCAGGCGGCUGUGGCGCACGCGACGGCCAUGAGCGUCGCCUUCAUGCAGCAGCAGCAGGAGCUGCCGCUUUGCGGGGACGUCAAGCCCAUGAUGGGGGCGCCGCCGUCGAAGCAGCGCGAAGGUGCGCAGCCGGACUCGUGCCCCCAAGAGUCGAGCCAGCCCUCCGGCGAAUACAACGCGCAGUACAACGCCGCCGGCGGCGACUACUACAACUACCAGGGAAAGGGGUUUAGUGGGCAGCAGCAGAAUAAGCCGCGGCCGAACAAGACGCGAACGAGCGCCGAGGGACGAGAAUGCGUGAACUGCGGGGCAACGAGCACGCCACUAUGGCGGCGUGACGGCACCGGCCACUACCUCUGCAAUGCGUGCGGGUUAUACUAUAAGAUGAACGGCCAGAACCGACCCCUUAUCAAGCCUAAGCGAAGAUUGGUGAGUUCGCUGCAGAGCGCGGCGCGGCGGGCAGGCACCUCCUGCGCGAAUUGCAAGACGACGACAACGACGCUAUGGCGACGCAACCAGAACGGGGAGCCAGUGUGCAAUGCGUGUGGACUUUAUUAUAAGCUACAUAAUGUAAAUCGGCCACUAACGAUGAAGAAAGAAGGUAUUCAAACUCGGAACCGCAAGUUAAGCAGUAAGAGUAAGAAGAAGAAGGGCGGUAUGGGGAUGGGUGGGGGCGGCGCAUGCGCACUGGCACUAGGAGGCGUCAUGGGCGACAUGAUCAAGCCGCUCGGAGACGCUACCAAAGGCUUCGGCGGUUCGGCGUUCCCCUCUGCUAUGGAUUUCGGUCAGCAUCAAGUAGGCCUUGUCCACCCAGCGGCGGCUCACAUGUCGCACUGGUACGGGGCGCCGCACCAGGGCUUCGCCCCACCACCGGCGUCCCAUAACCCAUACCAUCAUCACCACCUCGCGCAGUUAAACUCUAUGACGGGCUGGAGGAGUGAAUAUACGUGAUAAGUCAACUAUAAUCGAUCGCAACCCACUUGGAUACUGUAGAUAUGUAUUAAAAGCAUACGAAUAACCGUCCUGUUGGGCGCACCGAAUUGACCAUACGUGUAUCGGUCACCGAGUACGCGAUACUUGGUACGCUGUGAUUAUCACAUACUAGAUACUAAUACUACGACGUAACGUCGCAACUCUACGCAUCACACUUUUAUAAGACUGUAAAAGAAUUGACGUUUGUUAAUUUAUACAAACAAAUUUGAAUUUCGAAAUCACUUUCCCAGUCUGACCCAUUGAAGUUUGUUAUUCCGUGAUCGGUCCCCUAACAAGUAUUAACUAAGUGUGUUUUACAUGAAGUAACUAGCGAAAUUGUACAGUAUUAUAAUAUAAUUAAGGUCGAAGUCGGCUUAUACGAUAAAUAAGUAUAGUUCAAAGUUAAAUAAUAAUUUGUGUAUUUGUACAUAUCUUAUUAAGUUAUAUUCCGUUCCUGUAAAUUGUUUCGUAAUUUUGUAUUUAAUUUGAAAGGUUCGGUUCGCUAUAGGAAUUGUGAUGUGUUCAGAGAAAUUAUUCCCAGAGAUAUUUUUCUUUUUGUACAUUUUAUUUUUGUAGUUUGUAUUGAAUGAAAAUGCAAUAGUAAUUUAUGUAUGUAUAGUUGUAAUCAUGCAAACUGUAAAUAAUAGCUGUUUUAUUAGUGAAGUAACGCGAACUGAAUAUGAGGAUAUCAACUGUUAACAAAGACGGUCGAGGCAGGUCACUGAAUUGGUAAUUUCAUCAGUAUUAUAAUUGUAAUAUUUUGGUUUAACACAAAAAUUAAAUAAUUUUGUAUCGCUAUACCAUUUUAAAAUUAAGAUUGAGUGGCCAUAAAUUGUUCAAUCGUGUUAGUGAAUACAGUAAAUAAAUUAAAGGCAAUUUUUUUUUCUUAGACUUACAAAAUUGCAGUAUUCACGAACAUGAUCUCGGAACCCCAAAACGUGUACAUAAGGAAUGUAAAUGAACCCAGUAGAGAUAAAAGGAAUCAUUGUAAGACUAUCGAAAUAAAGUGUAAAUUAGUGGUCACUGCAGAACAGCCUAUAACGAUAUCCCGUACCUAAAAUUUUUAGUUUAUAAAACAAAAAUUGUGAAGUUGUGUAUUUUAAAUGAAAUUGUGAAUAAAUUAUCAAUAUUGAUAUUAA